CAUGCAUGCACGCACACAGCCAGAGAAAGGUAGUGGAGUGGGUGGGGGGAAGGGAUCGUCUGAGACGGGUCGAGGCGCCAAAACGAGGGUGUGAAGGAAGGGGGGUCCAGAAAAGAGGGCAAGCUAGGGUUUUUGGUACACGGCCCGUAGAAUCGGCAAUGCUACAAGCGGGUGUUUAUAUCUAAAGUGUCGCUACUACCCAUAAAAAAAAGGAAAUCCCUUCUCAAAUAUACCCGCUCUCUCUCUCUCUCUCAGAUAAAGAUUCACGCAUAAGAAGAACAAAAGAAAGAAAUCCAACAUCAAAAAAAUGGCAACCAUCAAACUCGUCAAACCAGACCCGUCCUACACGGUCCCCCUCCUCAUCAACGGCCAAGAAGUAACAACCACAACCACCUUCCCCGUCAUCUCCCCUUCCUCGCACAAAGAACUAUGGCGCGCCUCCUCCGCCUCCCCCGCCGACGUCACCUCCGCCGUCGCCGCCGCCAAAUCCGCCUUCCCAGCAUGGUCCAAAAUGAAGCACUCAGCCAAACGCAACAUCUUCCUAAAGGCCGCCACCGUGAUUGAGGCGCGCGCCGACGAAUUCGCAGACUACAUGAAGCUCGAGACGGGGGCUGCAGACAUGUUCGCAAAUGGGUUCAAUGUGCCCAAGAUGGCGGAUAUGCUGAGGGAUGUGGCGGGACGGCUGAGCGGGGUCAUGGGACAUAUUCCGAGUUGUGAGGAGGAAGGAACGAGCGCGUUGAUUGUCAAGGAGCCGUUUGGGGUUGUGCUGGGCAUUGCGCCUUGGAAUGCACCGUACGUUCUUGGUAUGCGCUCUGUCCUCUAUCCCCUCGCGGCGGGCAACACAUGUAUUCUUAAGGGAAGCGAGCUCUGCCCCCGCACAUGGUGGGCUAUCGGUAGUGCACUGAGUGAAGCUGGGCUUCCAGCGGGCGCGCUGAACGUGCUGUUCCAUCGACCCGAGGAUGCGGCGCAGAUUACUACUGCGUUGAUUGAGGAGCCGGCUAUUAAGAAGAUCAACUUUACCGGGUCUACGGCUGUUGGGCGUAUUAUUGCGUCAACAGCGGGUAAGAACCUCAAGCCUGUGCUGCUGGAGCUGGGGGGUAAGGCUAGCGCUAUUGUGUUGGAUGAUGCGAAUCUGCAGACGGCAGCAGUGCAGUGUGCGCUGGGUGCUUUCUUGCAUGCAGGCCAGAUUUGCAUGAGUUCUGAGCGCAUCUUGGUGCACAAGGAUAUCAAGCCACAGUUUAUCGAGGCGUUCAAGGGCGCGGUAGAGGGUAUCUUUGGUGGUGAUAAGCCCGCGCCCAUUCUUAUAGCUGCACCUGGUGUGGAGAAGAACAAGAAGCUAAUUGCUGAUGCUGUCAAGAACGGAGCAAAGGUCGUGCAGGGCGACUACGAAAAGGACGAGAAGCACCCCGAGACAAACGAGACGUCAGCCACACGCAUGCGUCCCGUUAUCGUCGACGGCGUGAACAAGAACAUGGAGCUUUUCCAUACCGAGUCGUUUGGUCCCUCGGUGUCCGUCAUUGAGAUUUCCAGCGAUGAAGAGGCUAUUGAGAUUGCUAAUGAUACCGACUAUGGUCUUUCCGGGGCUGUCUUUACCGAGAACCUUGGCCGAGGGUUGAGAAUUGCAAAGCAAAUUGAGAGCGGAGCCAUUCACAUCAACUCCAUGACAGUGCACGACGAGUGGACUCUGCCUCACGGCGGUGCAAAGGCGAGUGGAUUUGGUCGCUUUAAUGGCCACUGGGGUAUCGAGGAGUUUUUGCGCCUUAAGACCAUUACCUACAAAGAGUAGAUGCCAUGUCAGGGUGGUAUUAUUCGAAAAGUAUCAUAGACUAACUACUAGUUAUGAAAAAGGAAUAACAUAAGAAAAAAUUCAUUAACUAGCGGAUGAAUAAGAAUGGAAAUUGCUGUCAUGACUGAAGUUCCGUGACGUCCGUGGUCCAUUAGUCGGAAUAUACUACGACGGAAUAACCACGUCCAGCCUUUGUGAUCGCCGUGCAUGAC